ACCACCUCAAGAGCGCACAACAAGAACAGCGUGUGUCCUGGAAAGCCGUAGUUUGAUAUGGUUUGACUUGUUUCCUCCAGCAGGACUCGUUGAGACGCGCGUCUUCGUUCCGGUGUGGCUCUCGAUCCGCAGCAGAAUGGAUGAAUACUGUUUUUGAAACAGACACAACUCCACCGUGAAGACAUAGGUUGUGAUUUUUUUUCUUUUCUUUUUAACUACCUGUACUUUUUUUUCGCUCCCCAAAAGGUAGUCUCGUCGAGUAACGCGUUGGACAGCGCAGAAUGUGCGUAAAGCGGCUAAAGUGGACCCGAGGAGUGAAAAGUGAAGUGUGAGGCUGAGAAUGUGGCGGGGACACCACGGGCCAACUGGGCUGCAAGUUUCCUGAGCUUGGAGGUUUGACGAGGGGCGCAACAAGAGCGGAAAGUGUUCAUGCUGCGCGCUGGGUCAGCCCCGCGGUGUAUCGAUUGGCAUAUCAGAGCACUGACUUGUACCCUGAUUGGUUUGAAAAACCAAACUCCGUGAGGAACCGGUGAAAGAGGACACACUUCAAUUCGGGACAAUCAAAGAAAAAAAAAAACAAACAAAAAAAACACUGGAUCCAAAUUCAUCUAUAACACUUUUCUCCAAGUCAUUUGUCUGCCCGUCCUCCGAUCCUUUUCCCUUCUUCUUUUCUUUGUCUUUUUUUCCCUUUUUUUUUUCUUUUUGCAAUUCUGAUUCCCGAAGUGGCUCCGAAGUGGUGUUGCGGCUCCUCGUCCCCGGCGGAUCCGGAGAUUGGAGUCUCUGCACCGGGAGGAGGCGGAGUCGGAGCUCCGGCCACAACGCAGGCUCCCAAGAGCGGCCGCGUCAAAAGGAUGGUGCGACUGGCGGCGGAACUGCUGCUGCUCCUGGGACUUCUUCUCCUCACCUUGCACAUCACGGUGCUGCGGAGCAGUCCGCUGCCGCAGGGAAAUGUAACUCUGAGCCAGGAUCAGGACCGAGCACUUAGAGAGCAGAACAAUAUAAAUGCAAAAAGCAGCUCCUCCUCCCUGCUGCCUCCUGAAGACCGGAGAUCUGGUCCAGAGCACCGGCUGACCCACAGGCCCGCCGCCCUCCCCUGGGCACAAGGCAGCAGCGUCCACAGGGACGGCCCCGGAGCCUUCCUCCUGGAUCUGCACAACUUCCCCGACCUCUCCAAAGCCGACAUCAAUGGACAGAACCCCAACAUCCAGGUGACCAUCGAAGUGGUGGAUGGACUGGAGGGCCAUGAGCCAGAAAAAGGCCUCCGUAAGGAAAGCAAACCCAACUGGGCUUCUCCUAACUGGAGAAACUGGUGGCCCCACACAUCUUCCUCCUCCUCCUCCUCCUCCUCUUCCUCUUCCACGACUCAUCGAACAGAGGAGCAUGAUCGCUCCUACGGGAGCAACAGCGAGGACAGCAACUUCCUGAGGCCGCCGACAGACUGGGACAGGAGAGGAGGCACCGGGGGAGGAAGCAAGGCUCAGACUGAAUAUGACUAUAUGGACGGCGAGGGGGACUGGAGCAACUGGACGGCGUGCAGCGUCACCUGUGGAAACGGCAACCAGAAGAGAACCAGGUCAUGUGGCUACGCCUGCACGGCCACCGAGUCCAGAACCUGUGAUAUGCCCAGCUGCCCAGGUAUUGAAGAUGCCUUCAAGACAGCGGCGACUGAAGUGAGCCUGUUAGCUGGAACAGAUGAGUUCAAUGCCACGGAGCUCUUUGGUGUUGACACAGAUAGCUGCGAGCGAUGGAUGAACUGCAAGAGCGACUUCUUGAAGAAGUACAUGACCAAGGUGGCCAACGACCUCCCCAGCUGCCCUUGUUCCUACCCGACUGAGGUGGCGUACAGCACUGCAGACGUACACGACACCCUCACGCGACGAGACUUCCGCUGGAAGGACGCCAGCGGGCCAAAGGAGAAGCUGGAGAUUUACAAACCCACGGCCCGCUACUGCAUCCGCUCCAUGCUGACGCUGGAGUCCACCACGCUGGCAGCGCAGCACUGCUGCUACGACGACCACAUGAAGCUCAUCACUCGCGGCAAAGGGGCCGGCACGCCCAACCUCAUCAGCACCGAGUUCUCCGCCGACCUGCACUAUAAGGUGGACAUCCUGCCCUGGAUCAUCUGCAAGGGAGACUGGAGCCGCUACAACCAGGCCAGGCCGCCAAACAACGGGCUGAAAUGUCCCGACAACCCUCAGGACGAGGACUACCACAAACAGUUUGAAGAAGCAAGGGAAUUCUAGCCUGACGCAGAAAAGACCAAGAAUGAAAAAAAAACAAACCGAAACACACUGCUUUAAAUAUUCAGCUAAACCUCAAAAAAAUGGUGCUGAAACCAUUUCUUUAAUUCUGUUUUUAGGUAAAACAACAAGAACUUUUAGGCUCUGAGGAACAAGACUUCUGUUGAACCAAGAGGGACAAAAAUCCAGAGUCACAAAGUGUGAGGAACUUUACUGACUUCAUCAAAACCAGGCACGAAAAGUUGCUUUGUUUUUUGUAAUUUCAUUCUUUUUUUUUCUUUUUUUUUUCAUAAAACAUGCCUCCAAAAAGAAUGAAUGAAAAUUCUGCCAGUAGCUAUGUCACCAGUUAUAUAACUCAGAUUUGGUCACUAAAAGGGAGGACUGAGUUUAUGUUCUUAAAAAAAAAGGGAAGUUAUUAUUCUUUGUUUAGAUUUGUGUUUGUGUUCGUCUCCAUAGACUGUUCGUGUUUGGUGAAUCCGAGAGGCCUGUGGUAAUAGAAUAAUCAGAUCCUUCAGGAGUGUGUUGGGGGGCGUGCAGAGAGAACAGGGUCAAUCCGAUUUGUCUCCCGUUUUUGUCAACUCACAAUAUCCAGGUUCUCCAGUAAGCUUGUGAGUUUAUUUAGCAUGCAUCUUAUUUCUCACUGUUAAUUUACAACGUCUUGUGUCUCCGAGGCAGAUCUUCAUUGUAAAAAAAAAAAAAAAACCUGCAUUAUUUUUGUAAAGUAUUUAUUAAGUCGUAGCUGCGUCUGAGUUGGACUGUGGUUUGUGAUUCACACGUGGCCGAAUGCUAACUUGAGAUCCCCUUCGCAAGCUCAAACUUUCUUUUUUUUUUUGGCAAUCGAUGUGCUUAUCCCUUUCUCAAGUUAGGAUUUAAACCGUAAAUAGAGCGCGAAAGAGAAUGUGUGAAUUUCGACUGUACGGAAAGAUUUUUUUUUUUUUGAGAUAUAAAUCUAUGAAUAAAUUUAUUAAAAAAAGAA